AUGUUCAAUACAGUUUAUUCAACUCUUAAUGGUUCAACAUCUAAUCUUGCAGACUCCUCAGGCCAACCCUAUACCACAUUGUUUUCUGGACAGUCUGCGGCAGUGCCUAGGUUCCAUCCUUCUGGUGGUCUUCAAGGAUUGCAUAAUAUUCAUGGAAGCUUCAACCUGCCAACUGUGCCUAGUUCGUUUGCAUCCAGAGAGGCCGCAAUGGGUGUUGUACCAUCAGGUGGUGUUCAACAACCAGGAGGAAGCAUUCCUAGUGGACGGUUCUCAUCAAACAAUCUUUUGGUUGCAUUAUCUCAGAUGCCUCAUGGCUCUGGUGUCACAAAUAGAGGGGGUAUUAAUGUUGUUGGAAAUCAUGCUUUUAGUAGUAGUAAUAUUAAUGGAGUCACUGGGUCAAUAACUGGUAUUUCCUCAAGUUCAGCUUCUGGGAAUCGUAGUUCUGUUCCUGGUUUGGGAGUUUCUCCAGUAUUGAGUAAUGUAGGGCCAAGACUUACAAGCUCUGUAGGCAACAUUGUUGGUAGUGGUAACAUGGGAAGAAGCAUCAGUUCUGGAGGAUUAUCUGUGCCCGGUUUAGCUUCACGGGUAAACUUAGCUACUAUGCACAGAGCAAGAAGGAUAAUGUUGGCACCAGUAAGAAACAUAUUUGUGUACUAUCUAUUAAGUUCCAAGCAGGAGAUAGUUGCAGAUUUAACAGCUGAGUCCGAGUACAUAGCAGCUUCAGAGGCAAAAAAGGAAGCUGUGUGA